AUGGCAUUCAGCGACCUUUUUUGGAAGCUGUUCAUUCCUACAGCAAUCAUUGCAGCCCUUGCUGUUCUGAUCGUUGUCACCUCGCUCGCGAUCGCGCAUCAUGCCCCCGUCCCUCGAAUGCGCCGGCGCGGCACACCUAUCCAUGUUCUCGUUGUGCUGGGCAGCGGUGGCCACACCACUGAAAUGUUCUACAUCCUAGAAAAGGCUUACGAACAGAAGGAUUGUACUUAUCGGACCUAUGUUGUGACCUCGGGGGAUAAAUUCAGCGCCAAAAAGGCCGUGGACUUCGAAGCCGAAUACAGCAAAAGCCUGAAGGAGAGUGGUCACGCGGACAUUGGAGAAUACGAUGUGAUUACUAUCCCACGGGCACGCCGGGUGCAUCAAUCGUACUGGACUGCGCCAUUCUCGACCCUCCAGUGCUUUUGGGCUUGUCUCCUCGUCCUCCUCGGCCGGCAUCCGGGUCAAAAACAGCUUCCCUCGCAGUACUUAUCUGUGUAUCCUGAUCUUAUCUUCUCAAACGGCCCAGCCGUUGCGGUGUGCAUGGUUUCGGCUGCUAAGGCGAUACGGUUCUGCAUCUUCAUCUACCGCUGGAUCACCUUGCAAGGCCACAUACCCACGAUGCCCAAGCUCCGUACGAUCUACAUUGAAUCAUGGGCGCGCAUCUCCAAGCUUAGCACUUCUGGUAUUUUGCUGCUUCCACUUGCUGACAAGUUUCUGGUUCAAUGGCCUGACAUCGCUGGCCUCCGGGCCUGGUGGGGCAUGAAGAAAACAGAAUAUGCAGGCUGGCUCGUCUUUGGAACGAUCGCCAGCAUGCCGUACUCUCUAUCUGGCCGGAAUGUCCUAGUCAUCGGUGGCUCUCGUGGUCUCGGUGCUGCCGUCGCUCAAAGGUUUGCUAGCGAAGGAAGUAAUGUCGCGAUAAACUACGUCUCGAGCAAGGACACUGCCGAGGCCCUUGCUACAGACCUCUCGAGCAAGUACAACGUGAAGACUAUUACAGUUCAAGCGGACGCUGGAAAGCGAAUCGAGGCAACGAAUGCUGUUACGACAACCAUAGAGCAAUUAGGGGGCCUGGAUGUGGUGAUCUCAAAUGCCGGAUGGACUAAGAUGACCAACUUCGGUGAUCUGGAUUCGAUGGAUGAUGAUGACUGGGAUAGGUGCUGGAAUGUAAAUGUGAAGAGUAGCUUCUACCUAUUCAAAGCGGCUGCACCAACGUUCAACGCCAACCCAGAUGGUGGAGCAUUCAUAAUCACUGCAUCCGUUGCGGGUGUCAUUCCAAGUGGAAGUAGCUUGGCGUAUUCGGUAUCGAAGGCUGCAGCAAUCCACCUCAUGAAAGGUUUGGCUCAGUCUCAAGGGGCCAAGAUCCGCACCAAUGCUGUUCUGCCUGGUCUUUUGCUCACAGAAUGGGGCCAGAAGUUUCCCCAGGCAAAAAUUGAUGCCAUUAGAGAGAGAACCGUGCUCAAUAAACUGGCCGAGGUCGAUGAUACUGCCGAGGUAUACGUGAACAUUGCCAAAAAUUCGUCUAUGACUGGUCAGACAAUUCAGAUCGGUAUGCUUUCCAUCUUUCCAUCCCAAGCUAUUGACGUGCAGAGCUCAUACCAGUUACAGAUUCCGGGUUUGCGAUAG